GUUCCGAUGUCGGUGUACUGGAAGGAGCAGUUGAAGACAACUUGUGGUGUGCUGCAUAUUUUCGACUUUUUGUGAAAAUUUUUUGGGUGACCUCGAAAACAAAGGACAAAUUGCUUUAGAAGCCUGUUCCGUUGCACCGGUGGCUGACAAUCUCUGAAGCCGAAGUUGUGCCGAUCUUGGCCGCUGGGCCACCACACCAUGUACCGGCCAUCCCGACUUCGUGUGAUGGAAGUGAACCCAUAUUUGACUUGCGUGUUGUGUGGCGGAUACUUCGUAGACGCCACAACUAUCAUCGAAUGUCUUCAUUCAUUUUGCAAAACCUGCAUCGUGCAAUAUCUGGAAUCCAGCAAGUUCUGUCCGAUAUGUGAUGUCCAGGUGCACAAGACCCGCCCUCUGUUGAAUAUUAGAGCUGAUAAAACCUUACAAGAUAUUGUCUACAAAUUGGUUCCCGGACUAUUUCGAAAUGAAAUGAAACGCCGAAGAGACUUCUACGAAACUAACCCAGAAGCAGCUGCACAUGUGACGUGUCAGGAAGACCGCGGAGAGCUGACAGAACAGCGAGUAAUCUAUACCCCAGACGACUCCAUUAGCUUAUCUCUAGAGUACGGAUAUGGGAUAAAUCAACUACCCACCAAUGGUCAUUCUGCGAUUACACCCGAAUCUGAAGACGACACGGAUGCCAAGCGUCGUUACCUUCAAUGUCCGGCAGCUGUAACAGUAGCACAUCUCAAAAAGUUUAUCAACAUGAAGUACGGACUUAGUCAAUCCUAUGUGGUUGAUAUCAUGUAUUACGACGACUCACUGCGUGAUGACUACAAACUGAUGGACAUCGCUUAUAUUUACACUUGGAAGCGUAACGGACCUAUGAGGCUCUUCUACAGAAUUCUGGAUAAACCUCGUAAAAGGCUUAAGACAUGUCAUUCUACCAGUAGUGAAACACCAUUAGCCAUCAGUGAUGACAUAACUAAACCAGUGACUCCAGGGGUGCUAAACGGGAUUUGUUGUGGGAAGGAAACAAAUGGAGUAGAGUCGUCAUCUGCAGAAGAAAAAGAGGAUUCUCCCAUGGAUAUUCAGUCGGAGUCAGAAAGAAAAGAAGUCAACAUAGAGAGUGGAAACAACAUCAGAAAAAAUCCAAAUGACGUUUCCUGUAACGAAGUGUUUACAGAAGAGAAUGUAAGUCAUCAGCCAGUCAUAUCCAACUCAAUCAGUAGUACCAGCCAGUUACAAGAUAAACAGAACACACAGUUACUAAAUGUUGAAGAACAGAAAAAAGAUUGCAAGUCUUCUUCAUACAGCGUGCCAUCGAUAUUGUAUAGUAAGAAAAUGAGAUUCGAACAGGAAGUUUCCCUAAAGUACAAAACAGCUACAACUGAAACAUUCCAUGGUCUAGCGGGACCGUUGCCGAAAGAGACACAGCAUGUAGUCGAGAAGAUCAAACUAAACCCAGUUGAGACAUCACAAAAGUCUAAUAAACAAACGGGGUUAACUGAGGCAAAGAAACUCGCCAAUCAGAUGGAAACUGAGAAACUCACUGACUUUGUUGAAACUGUGAAAGCAUUGAGUUCAAUUGAAAAAGAGCAGUUUACUACUUCGAUGUGCGUCAAAACUCCUGAUAAUCCUGUCGAAUGUAAAAAGCCGAAUAGCCCUAUUAGGUUUAAAGAAUUACACAUUCCCAAUGAGAACAAAAAAUCUGCACAUUUCAUCAACAUCAGGAAGGACACUACUCUUGUCGAUACAAAAAAACACAACAACAUCCAAGCUGAGACUAAGGAACUUAACAGUUCACACGAAAUUCAAACGUUUGCAAAUACCGCUGAGACCAAGAAACUUUUCAGCUCAACUGAAAAUGACAAACUCACAACUUCAGAAGACAUUUUGAAACGCUUUAGCCAAACUGAAGCAAAGAAAGAUAUCAGUGCAAAGGAAAUGAGGAAACUCACCUCACCAGUUGAUGGCAAGAAAACCACAAACCUAUUUGAAUCCAUUAAACUCGUUAAUAAAUCACCUACAGUCAAAACUACUGUGAAUAAUAGUCAUAUAACUUCAACACUAUUAACUUUGUCUUCCUCCAUAGUAACAACCUCUGAAACCGCCAGAAGCCGAGAUUCCAAAUCAGAAGAAAUGUUAGCAGUAUCUACUGAUCACCUAGACAGACCUAUAUCAACGUCAGUGCAAAAGUCUCCAAAGACUAUAUUUGGGGAAGAAUCGAAAUUUUCUUUGUAUCGUGAACAAAAUGAGAAGAAAUCUAUUAAAGAAAGCGAUAAGUUUAAUAGAGAUAGGGAAAAGAAAUCCGGAUGUAAAGAAAGUGAUAAGUUUAAUAGAGAUAGGGAAAAGAAAUCUAUUAAAGAAAGUGAGGAAAAAUCUCGUAAAGAUAGCGAAAAGAAAUCAAGUAAAGAAAGUGAGAAAAAGUCUAGUAAAGAAAGUGACAAGAAAUACAAUAAAGAAAGUGAAAGGAAGUCUAGUAAAGAAAGUGAAAGGAAGUCUAGUAAAGAAAGUGAGAAAAAAAGUAGAAAAGAUGGCGAACUUGAGGUAUCAAAAUCUCCUGAAUUGUUUGUUGUCAAACCUGGCGAGGUUCCACCCCUGAAAAUCUCUCGCAAAUUGUCCAUCAAAAUUGCUGAUCCUGAUAAAAUUGAGGCGAAAGAAGACUCUGAAGUGGACAGUGGAAUAGGCAGUGAUAUCAGUAGCCGUCCUGAAACGCAGUUAAGUGUUGAAGAUGACUUGUGGUCGCCUAGUAAUUCCGUACCAGAAACGGACAAAUUGACCACCCCAUCUAAACCUGCCCUUACUCCGCCUCCAACACCAUCACCAUCUACAAGCAAUCCGUGCCCAUCGCCUAGUGCUGGUUAUCUUUCUUGCCAAACUCCACUACACGUUCCGUCCACUUCACCAAAGAUGUGCCUCUCGCCGCGGGAGGAGCCUGAGCCGCAGCGAGACGACAACGAGGCGCUGGACCUGACUUUAUCCCAUCGCCACCAAAUGCGCCACUACGAUCGGCCGCCUCAGCCUCGGCCGCGACACGUAGCUAACCCACCGGUCCUGGACAAACAUAGGCAACUAGUAUGUUUGACAGCGCCUACCAAGCCGCCGCUCAAGCCAUUACCGCCACCGCCACCCCCACUCUCACACACUCAUAUGUAUAGCAGAAAGGCAGACUCCGGGCGAAAUCACCGCUUCAAGGGUGGAACUUUAACAGUGAUCAAUCCAGAUCCAAAUAGUUAUCGGCCUAAGAUCGUUAUCAAGAAUCUAGACCCACGACCGGAUCACGCCCACCAUCAUCACAAUCACCGAAUGUAGAGCUAGUGUAUAUAUACUUUGAUGUAAUUAGUCUGUCCAGCUAGAUUAGACGUUGUAUUCUGUGCGAACUCUAUAAUACUCUGUCAGUAACUCUGAACAGUUCCCUGGAAGUCAGACAUUGAGAGGACAAAAUAAUGCGUUUCUGUGUUUGUAACUUCACGAAAAAGUUGAUGAGAGAACUAUUUACAGAAUAUAAAACAGUUAAAGAGUGACUUUCUUUUUUUUCUUACAGCUUAGAAAUCGAAAUCCAGGACGUUAAGCCUGAUAAUAUAAAACAUGUUUGACUUCUAGUAGCGUACUUAUUCGUGUCACACGUGUGGGAUUUCCAUGGGAAAUAUUUACCUUGGCUAACGUAGUUGUUGCAAUCACCAUUGAUGAUGUUUUAUCUACAAUACAGAUAUAACUGACACGAUAACUGUUGUUUUGAAUAUGCUGGAGAGCUUCCUGAUACAUAUACAAUAAUUCGUAUAUGUGUGUGACUUGUUCGAUGUUCCCUAAAUGAAAAUGACAAGAGAAGUUGUGUGAAUUCAGUGUGUGUCUUCCAAAACCGUUUUUUGGUGUACUAUCAAAGUUGUUUUUUUUUUCAAUCAAAAUUAAUUUGCUAUUUCUGUACAUACACACGUGUAUAUGUAUAUCCGUGUAAAAAGUGCAAUGUUCUGAAGAAUCUCUUGACAUUUUUGGAGAAAGGAUUGACACUUCGGUCAUGAAUAAAUGUUUCAGAAACGCAUGCUUAUAAAACAGCUGUGCUAGUGAAAAAACAAAACAAAAAAACAUCGUAAUGUCAUAUGACUUGGAUCUGUGUUUAUUAAAAGUGCAUUUAUAAACUAGUUUAUGACUUGUUUUUGUUCGUAAAGUAAGGGGGAAAAAAGCAACACUGGACUUUCCAAUUAAUGUGAACAAGGAAUUUACACGAGUGUUGUGAUAAAAGAUUGUUUUCGUUUACGGAAUGAGAUAUUGGUUUUGGUGUUUAUUUCAGUGAAUAAUUCGCCCUGAUGAAGCUGGCAAAACAAAAAAGAAAUUCUAGACAGUAAGUUAAAAAAAAGGCUUAGUUUAGAAAUGUUUUUGAAGAAUUUUCUGAUCACUUGUUUUAAUAGUAACACCGUAAAAAAUCAUUGUUAGUUUUACAGAGAACCCUGCUUGUAUAUAACUGUUAAUAUUUGUUGUCAACAAUCUGGACUUGUACAAUAGUAGUAAUCACCUUGACAUCAAAUUGACGACGUAAUAAAAGAGCGGUAGAAUUCUUGUUAGGUCUGACAAGUCUCUAUACUCCAGUGGCUAAAAGAUUUGUUUCGCUCUCAGUUCUGUUUUGUAGCUGCAGAUUUUCAUUCUGGAUGUGUAUAAAACUUUCUUGAAUAAAAACUUUAUUCACA